UACUUUUGCAAAGCCAUGUUAAAUAGGUACUGCAUAGUACACCCUCCUCUUCAUCAUCUCAUUCAUUCACUCUUGCUUUCAUAGCUCAACUGAGAUGCUCCCAAUACCAGAGCUUUUCCGAUGAGUCACCACUGAAUGAAAAUAUUUAUUUGGCUUCAAAAUGAGCUCCUGCAGUUUGAAAUGCUCAACAAACGGACUACUGCAUGGCGGGCUGGAGAACAUAGACGAAAAUGGCGGUAUAGUGAGCGGAACAGCGGGGUCGUCUGCACCACCGCCAGAAACUCCAACGGAGUCGAUGGAGUUUCUGGCCAGAUCGUGGAGUCUCUCAGCCAUGGAGAUCUCCAAAGCUCUUUCCCACACACGUGUGAACGUUGCUUCCAAGACCCUUGACAAGUCAGCGUUCAGUUCUGAUGAUGGUGUUGAAUCACACGACAGAAGUUCCAUGCGUUUAAUGGAAUGUCAGUUACCCAGUGGAGUUAGCCCUCCAGUUUCGCCAAGAGACAGUGAAGAGAUGAAGGAGUUACUUUUACUACACCAAGCACUCCACCCAGACUUCCUUUCCAGCCAGCAACAAUUUCUCAAUCAUGGGCUAUACAAGAGCAUUUUGCGAGGGAAAACAAUGGGCAGAUGGUUAAAAGAUCAGAAGGAGAGGAAGAAGCAUGAAAUCCGAACCCAAAAUGCGCAGUUGCACGCUGCUGUUUCUGUGGCUGGGGUUGCUGCUGCUGUAGCAUCAAUUGCAGCUUCAACUGUAUUUCCUGAAACAUCAGCUGCCAACCAGAAAACUCCAGUAUCCGAAUUGAGGAUGGAAACAUCAGCUGCGCUAGCAUCCGCAGCAGCUCUAGUCGCUUCACGUUGCAUUGAGAUUGCGGAGGAAAUGGGAGCCGAGCAUGAUCAUAUUGUAUCAGUUGUCAGUUCUGCAGUUAAUGCAAGGACUAAUGGAGAUAUCAUGACCUUAACUGCAGGAGCAGCUACAGCUUUACGCGGAGCAGCCACACUUAAAGUGAGGCUGCAAAAGGAGUACGGUGGCACAACUGUUGCUCUGGCCGAGGAGAGAUGUGAAGGCAACCAAUCAAAUGCAGCAUUGAACUUUGUCUCAAAUGGAGGGGAGCUCCUUAAACGUACGAGGAAAGGUGCUCUUCACUGGAAGAGGGUUUCUUUCAAUACUAACUCAAAUGGGCAGGUUUUAGCCAAAAUGAAAAGCAAGCAUAUUGCGGGAACAUUUACAAAAAAGAAGAAAUGUGUGGUCUCUGGAGUCUACUGUGACAUCCCAGCUUGGCCCGGCAGGGAAAGAGAAGAUGGCAGCAAACCAAGGGCAUACUUUGGGAUAAAAACAGCUGAAAGGACAAUAGAAUUUGAAUGCAGAAGUCAAGGUGACAAACAUAUGUGGACUGAAGGGAUCCGUCAUAUGUUGAAUUUCAUGCCAACAUAACACAAUUCCAAGAAAGGUUAAAAUUUGGAUUUAUGUAAAAUUGAACGUGUUAAGUUUUUCACAACAAUCAAUGUGCAGUUAUCACAGAAUCCAAUUCUAUAUCUACGUUUCGGUGGGAAA